GGGCGCGUUCACGCGCUCCACUCGGUACACAAACGUGGACAAACUCACACACGCACCAACACAACACCCAGGAAACUUUGAGCGAAACUUUUCACCGAUUGAACUGGCGGAAGCAGCUGUCAUGUAAGGAAUGGAGCGGGAGCAGGUUAAGCCAUCCCUCGACCUGAGCCACUUGACUGAGGAGGAGCAGUCCUACAUCCUGCAAGUCUUACAGCGUGACUCAGAGUUGCGUGACCGCGAUGAAGGGCGUGUAAGGACCCUCGAGGAGAAAGAGACAGAUCCGGCACUUCUGCGCCUUCGCUCUGGGAAGUGGUUCAGCGAGGAGUGCAGCAAGCGCCACCGCAAAUGGACUUCGGGCUGUGACCUCAUCCGUGCCAGCAUACGCCAAAGGAAGAGCAAGAGCAGAGCAGACGUGCCCCUGAAUGAACUGUUCAGUGGAAAGAGAGAUGAAACCUCCGUGAGCGACAUCUCUCCUGACGGGGAGGGAAGAUUGAAGGAUGGCGAGGAGGAGGAGGAAGAGAAGGAGGAGGAGGAGGAGAGCAGAGGGAGUGAGGGAACUCUGAAACCUGCAUGCACACCCAGAUCAAAAGGUCCAGUUGCAAAGGAUCUUCAGCAUGAAAAGGACUCAUUGCCAACCAAAGAGAGUGAAAGGAGGAGUAACGGCCUUCCGGAAGAGCCUGAGGAGGACUUGACCAUCAGUCACAAUGAGGAGUCUGACUCUAUGAGCAGCAACAUGACAGACCCAGAUCUGGCCUUUCUGAGAACCAGCCACUCCAAUGGCAGCCUUCAUUCGAGCUACACGCUCAGUGGAAGCAUGAUGAGUCUGUUCAGCUCGGGGGAUUUCAGCGUGGUGGAAGUGAGGGGCCGCAUCCAGUACUCGUUGGUUUACGACUCUCAGAAGGAGGAGCUCCAAGUUAAAGUGUACUGCUGCAAGGACAUUGCUUCGGCACGCAAGAACCGCUCCGACCCAUAUGUAAAGACCUAUCUCUUGCCAGACAAGUCAAACCACAGUAAGAAGAAGACGUCGGUGAAAAAGAAGACACUGAACCCAGUCUAUGAUCAGACUCUCAGAUAUAAAGUGCGGAUCGGAGAGCUGCGGAGUCGGACUUUGAACCUGUCUGUGUGGCACGCCGAGCCUCUGGGGAGGAAUGUGUUCCUGGGGGAGGUGGAGGUGGCUCUGGGGCUCUGGGACUGGACCUGCACACAGCCGCUGUGGCAGGACCUGCAGCCACGGGUUCACUUGAGUCCCGACUCUCUCAGCAGCAGAGGGACCAUUGUUCUGUCCAUUAAAUUUAGUCCAGAUGGAUCUGAGGGUGGGGGACUGCCUCUGACGGGAGAAGUUCACAUCUGGCUCCGGGAGGCUCAGGGUCUGCUGUCCAAGAAAGGGGUCCCCAUAGACUCCUUUGUGAGAAGCUACAUACUCCCAGAUGCUAGUCGACAGAGUGGACAGAAGACACGGGUGAUGAAGCACUCUAUCAGUCCCACCUACAACCACACAAUGGUCUACGAUGGUUUCCACACCAGCGACCUGAGAGAAGCCUGCGCCGAGCUCACUGUCUGGCAGCAUGAAGGUUUUAAGACGCACAUGCUGGGAGGGAUUCGUCUGAGCUGUGGAACUGGUCAGAGUUAUGGGGAACCCGUUAGCUGGAUGGACUCCACUGAAGAGGAAGUUGCUGUCUGGGCUUCCAUGAUUGAAAACCCAAACCACUGGAUAGACGCAUCGCUACCAAUCAGAACGAGCCUCACGCAGCGGACUGUGUGACGUACACAGCCUGCCCACAUACACGUUUAUUUACAUUUGCAUGUUUGGAUAAUGGUUGGACUGCAGAAGAGACCCUCCUCACAUCAACACCCUUAACCCCUCUAUCACGAUGAAACACAUGCAUACACUUUCUAUCUCUGGUUUCUCACAUGUUAAAAGGAGUCAGUGAUGGUCCAAUAUGCUAAGUUAAUGGUUCAUAUUUGAAAUAUGUGGUUUUGAAAUCAGAAAUGUAUCUAAAACCUUUCACUUGAUUUUGUUCAGUAAAUAACUUUUUUUCCGUAAAUUACUUGUAGUUUAUGAAUUAAAUAUCAAAUCUAACUGAUGAAUUGUGCAGUGCUUUGGUUUAUUUACUGCUGCGACUUCAAUGAGCAAAUAACAGAGAUUUUUAAUUUACACACUU